GGUCCACGGACGUGAGCUACCAGGAAGACAGUCAAGCUAGCUCACUCAGCUGGGCAUGUUUUUAUCAAGUAUUGCCGAAUAGAGCAAAUAAACAAGCGGUCUGCUGUGGCAUGUUUGGCGAAUACGAGAUGAAAUUCCAACGCCGCUCUACAUUUUAAAAGGAACCUCUCCCUCUUUUGUUGUUUUUGUGAGCUAGCUUGACGGGUUAGCUUCAGGCCAGUUUAGAGGCUGCGGCUAAAAAAAGGUGGUGGUGUGUUGCCAGUGACUAUGCAAGGGGAAACCACGGCAAUAAGAAUCACGGAAAACGAAGGUAAACUGGAUGUAUUCCCCCAGAAUAGGACUCCAAGCUCGGGUAGAGCAAGUACCAAAAGCUGGCAGUAUAGUGACCACAUGGAGAAUAUUGAUGGCUACUUGAUGAAGUAUACCAACCUGGUGACAGGCUGGCAGUACAGGUUCUUUGUUCUGAACAAUGAGGCCGGAUUUUUGGAGUACUUUGUCAACGAGCAGUCACGGCCUCAGAAACCACGUGGCAUGCUCGCCCUGGCUGGGGCGGUCAUCUCCCCCAGCGACGAGGACUCGCACACUUUCACUGUCAAUGCAAUCAGUGGCGAGCAGUACAAGCUCAGGGCCACCGACGCCAAAGAGAGGCAGCACUGGGUGAGCAGACUGCAAAUCUGUACACAGCAUCACACAGAGGCCAUGGGGAAGAGCAAUCCUCCACCCAAGUCACGCAGCUACUCCAUGGUGUCUCAAGGCAGCAGCAGCUCCCCCAUGUCCCUUCGCCGAACCAGCCAGAACCCUGCCGCCUUGUUCAACUGGCAGACCCACAAGGGCUCGUCACUCUACUCCAGCAAGCGGUCCCUGCUGCCGGACCAUCUAAUGGAUGCCAGAGAAAUGAUGAGCCAGGCUCAGGGCCAACACAAAGACUUGAUCCAGGGCAUCGAGUGCCUGCCCGCCGCCCACGGACUCUCCGCUCUGGACCAGGACCUGCUAAUGCUCAAGGCCACCUCCAUGGCAACCAUGACCUGUCUCAACGAGUGCCUGCACAUCCUCAACCUGCAACAGGUGGCCAGGCAGAGAACGUCGUUUGGAGGGUCCACCAUCGAGUGGCUGGAGCCCAAGCUGCCCGACAUCCUGAAGAACGGCAGCGACUCGUUGGGAAGCGAGGGCCCGCUGGAGGACGGCCGCCCCGAGCUCAGCAGCCCGGAGUCGUGCAGCUUCUCCGGGGAGCAGGAAGACAUCGAUGGCGAGGACGAGAUAGCGGACUUGUUCACCGACAAAGAGGAGGAGCUGGGGGCUGUGGAGGAGGAGCGCAGUGUCAUCUUACACCUGCUCUCGCAGCUGAAGCUGGGCAUGGACCUCACACGAGUCGUCCUGCCCACCUUCAUCCUGGAGAAGCGCUCCCUGCUGGAGAUGUAUGCAGACUUCAUGUCGCACCCGGACCUCUUUGUGGCCAUCACGGACGGCGGCAGCCCGGAGGAGCGCAUGGUCCACUUCGUGGAGUACUACCUCACCUCCUUCCACGAGGGCCGCAAGGGCGCCAUCGCCAAGAAGCCCUACAACCCCAUCAUCGGCGAGACCUUCCACUGCUCCUGGAAAGUCCCCAAGAGACCGGAGGCCGCGUCUGCUGAGCCCCCGCAAGGAAGCCCGGACCCGACUGCCUCCCAGGAUUCCUACCAAGUGCGCUUUGUAGCGGAGCAAGUGUCGCAUCACCCCCCCGUGUCGGGGUUCUACGCCGAAUGCCAGGAAAGGCGCAUGUGCGUGAACACGCACGUGUGGACCAAGAGCAAGUUCAUGGGCAUGUCCAUUGGGGUCUCCAUGAUCGGCGAAGGUUGCCUGACCUUGCUGGAACACGAUGAGGAAUACACCUUCACGCUGCCCUGCGCUUACGCACGCUCCAUCCUCACCGUCCCCUGGGUGGAACUGGGCGGCAAAGUCACCAUCAACUGCGCCAAGACGGGCUACGCCGCGGCCAUCACCUUCCAGACCAAACCCUUCUACGGCGGCAAACUACACAAGGUGACGGCCGAGGUGAAGCACAACCCCACCAACGUGGUCACGUGUCGCGUUCAGGGGGAGUGGAACGGCGCGCUGGAGUUCACGUACACCAGCGGCGAGACCAAGGUGAUCGACGUCACCAAACUGCCGGUGACCAAGAAGCUGGUUCGGCCCAUUGAGAAGCAGGGACCCACUGAAUCCAGACGCUUGUGGCAACACGUAACCGAGGCCUUACGGCAGAAAGACAUGGAAAAAGCCACGGAGCAUAAGAGACUCCUGGAGGAGCGACAGCGGACGGAGGAGCGGCACCGCUCCGAGACCGAAACAUCAUGGCGGACCAGAUACUUCAACAAAGAGGGCGACGCCUGGAUUUACCACAAACUGCUCUCCAAAAGCUCCGCCGCCAAAACCUAAUUCCAUACCAGCCGUAGCGGAAUCGGGACGGCGCUUGCAUGCGGAAUGGGAGCAAGAGGACUUGCACUGAUUUACAAAACGGACCCGUACUAUUCACAAAGCCUCCAAGCUUUUUGUAUCGAUUAUAUACUGUAUAUACACAGUAUAUGUAAUACUAUGUUAAUACAACCUAUUCUUGUACAGGUAUUCUAUAGCCUUAAACUAGUCACAUGAAUGAGGAAUGACAUUAUAGUCACAGAUUAUGAUUAUGCAUCGAGCCUCAUGCUGGAAUGCCCCCCCCCCCAUCCCCCACCCCAACUUGACCUCAUAUCCUGCGUGGUUUUGCAGUGGAGAGAAGAACUUGCUGUACGUGCAUGUUUGCUUCUCUUGCGUCUGCGCUACGCAUUUAAACGUGUUGUAAAAGGUUUUAAGCUAAUGUUGUUUUGUAAUGCAAAUAAAUAUCAUUUUCUUUAAAUGUGCUCUUUU